AUGGAGGCAUGGCUCCUGCUCCUCGCCUGCCUCCUCAUCCCCUUCGUCCUGCUCCUGCUCUCGCAGCGUGGCGCGGGUAAAACCAAGAACGGCAGCCGCAUCCCGCCUGGACCCUUCGCCCUGCCGGUGCUCGGCAGCCUGCUGUGGCUGAGGCACUCCUCGGCCGACCUUGAGCCCCUCCUCACGCGCCUCUUCGCGCGGCACGGCCCCGUCGUGUCGCUGCGCGCCGGAUCCCGCCUCUCCAUCUACGUGGCCGACCGGCGCGUGGCCCACGCAGCCCUGGUGGAGCGAGGCGCCGCGCUGGCCGACCGCCCGCCGGCCACGCGCGCUCUCCUCGGCGAGAGCGACAAAACCAUCUCGCGCGCCAACUAUGGUCCGGCAUGGCGCCUCCUGCGGCGUAACCUCGUCUCCGAGACGCUGCACCCGUCGCGCGUCCGCCUCUUCGCGCCUGCGCGCUCCUGGGUGCGCGGCGUGCUCGCGGACAAGCUGCUGCGGGAGUCCGACAAGCAGGCGCCGCCCCGCGGGGUCAUGGUCGUGGAAGCUUUCCGGUACGCCAUGUUCUGCCUCCUCGUGCUCAUGUGCUUUGGAGAGAGGCUCGACGAGGCCGCGGUGCGGGCGAUCGGCGCCGCGCAGCGCGACUGGCUCAUGUACGUCGCGCGCAAGACGAGCGUCUUCCUGUUUUGGCCGGCAGUCACCAAGCACCUCUUCCGUCGCCGUCUCAAGAUGGGAUUCGCCCUGCGGCGGCGGCAGAAGGAGCUUUUCCUGCCGCUUAUUGAGGCUCGGCGAGCGCGCAAGGAUCGGAUCAGCCGAUGCGCGGGCACAGCAGCCGCGCUGAAGGCUGACACGACGUUCGAGCACUCGUACGUGGACACCCUCCUCGACAUCAAGCUCCCCGACGAGGGGGGCCGAGCGCUCACCGACGACGAGAUGGCCAAUCUUUGCUCCGAGUUCCUCACCGCCGGCACCGACGCGACUACCACCGCGCUGCAGUGGAUCAUGGCCGAGCUGGUCAAGAACCCGCGCAUCCAAGAAAAUCUUUACAACGAGAUCAAAGCCACGACUGGACGACGAGAGGAGGUCACCGAGGAGGAGAUGAACAAGAUGCCGUACCUCAAGGCCGUCGUCUUGGAGGGACUCCGCAAGCACCCACCGGGGCACUUCGUGUUGGCGCACAAGGCGGCAGAGGACAUCGAGAUCAGCGGGUACCUGUUCCCCAAAGGCGCCACGGUGAACUUCAUGGUUGCCGCCAUGGGCAGGGACGAGCGAGAGUGGCAGAAGCCCACCGAGUUUGUGCCGGAGCGUUUCUUGCCGGGUGGCGACGGUGAGGGGGUGGACGUGACCGGCAGCAGGGAGAUAAGGAUGAUGCCGUUCGGCGUAGGGAGGAGGAUCUGCGCCGGGUUCGGCAUCGCCAUGCUGCACCUGGAGUACUUCGUGGCCGUUUUGGUCAAGGAGUUCGAGUGGAAGGAGGUUCCAGGUGACGAGGUAGACCUCGCCGAGAAGACGGAGUUCUCUGUAGUCAUGGCCAAGCCGCUCCGCGCACGGCUGGUGCCCAGGGGCAGGAACUGA